AUGAAGCCUUUUCUCAUUCUUGCAGCAUUCGCCAUCGUCGUUCUCGGCCUUGACAUUUCAGCAAGGGUCGACCUCAGCAACAGCACAGGCUCUCCAAAACAUCUGGCUUCUGGCUUCAUCUACGGAUUACCCGACGCACCCAGUCAAAUCCCCGAUCGCUUCUAUACUGACAUCGACUUCGGAUACGGUCGCGCGGGUGGUGCUCGACUGGACGCUCCCGCCCGUGGCUGGAUCUGGGGAAUUGAGGAACAUCGCGGUCGCCUGGCGUCGACGUUGUUGAACUACAAUACUUGUCGAAAAUACAACGCCAGUUUCAUCCUGCUCCUGCAUGAUAUCUGGGUUACGGAUCAUGCGAAUUCGAGUACGGUCUGGCCCGGCGACGGCGGUGACUUGUCAGACUACGACCGCUUUGUGACACAGUUGCUGGCCGAUAUGGACGCCAACAAUGCUCUGGACAGCGUUGUCUCGGACAUCUGGAACGAGCCGGAUCUGACUUUUUCUGGAAACGUCCGCAGGCCCAGUGGCUUGAGCUUUACGUGCGCACGCACAGACUCAUUCGGUAAGUCGCCCUUAACACCGAUUCCGCCAUUGGGACCCUUUUAUGCCUCAGACGUCGUCAAAAUCUGGAGCAAACGUCGGGCAGGCCAUAGGAUCAACCAUUGCUGGUAUAGAAAGACCCAGCUGAUUGGAUCACAAUCCCUCAGGGCGGACGCGUCCUAUCCCUCUAUUCUCAUAUCGGGACCGACGCUCACAAACCUGCCAAUGGCCAACAACACCUGGUGGACAUCCUGGCUUGAGGCUGUCUCGGGAAACAACACCGUUCCCGACCAAUACGUGUACCAUCUUGAGGGCGGUGUGCACGAACCGGGCAAUGACCUUGUCUACGCCAAUCAAUCUCUCGCAGCUCUGUUAGCCCAGUACGGGUUGCCGGAUCGCCCAAGCAAUAUCAACGAGUAUGCUACGUCCGCUGAACAGCGUCCGGCUGGCGCUGCUUGGUGGAUCUCGCGGCUCGAACGAUACAAUGCGAUCGGUCUGCGCAGAAAUUGGCUUGGCGACACCGAGUUGCAUGACUUGAUGGCGAACCUUCUUACCAAGUUCGACGAUCCCGCAAACUAUACUGCCACUGACUAUGCCCCAGCUGCGGAAUUUCAGGUUUACAAAUACUACGCAACCAACAUGACCGGCAAUCGCCUCGCAACUCAGGGCAGCUCGGAUGCAUUAUUCGAUGUGUACGCCACGGUGGAUUCAGGCGCAGGCACCACGCGGGUACUGGCUGGCUCGCGGGUGGCCUACCGCAGCUGGAACAUCACGAUCACGGGCCUUCCAGGGAGCCGAACAAGCCUGAAUGUACGCCAGAUGGCGUUUCCCGGAACAUCGCAGUGGAGCAUUAUGGAGGCACCCCUGGACCUUGGUGAUAUCGAGGUGUCGGUGUCUGACGGGCGGACGAAUCUGCCAGUGCACACCGACAAUACCACUGCUUGGGUAUUUGACUUCAGUGUCUAG